GGUACGCUUGAGGUGCGGUCCAAGGGGCUAGUGCGUUCAAAAGCUCUCCUAGCGCGCCGACCUGUGGAGUACCACGAGGGUUUUUUUUUCACGCACCGGCAGCGGUCUUUUUUUUCGCCGAACCGUUCCUGGGACGCCCACCUCAUCCCAGCUCUCCUCGCCGCCACCGCUCGCCGGUCUCCGCCGUCGCGUUCCUCUUCAUCGUCACCGGCGUCGGCCUUCCCCCUUCACCUCCCUGCUCUCCUCACUGCUACCGGCGUCGGCCUUCCCCUCCGAUCUCCUUCAGGAGUUUUGUUCCCUCCAAAGUUGACGGAGAGUCCUUCCUCCAUGGGGGCCUCUUCUACUCAGGUCAACAAGGCUCACAAGAGCCGCUUCGCCUCCAAAGCUUCUCGCCAAGUCCAUAAGACCUCACGCACCGAUAAGAAGCGGAUCGCAAAGCCAGAUCACCACCGGAAUGCCGUGAAGGGCACUCGCGCUGCUCGAAUUCAGCGGAGCAAAAUG